CAACGAGACGCAUUUUUAAGAACUCAGCUCAAUCUUAUUGAUUCCAUGUACACAAUUAUUUUAAUUAUAAAUAUCUUGGUGUUAGCUUAGAAGCUUCAGAGGAUUAAAGCUUUUGCCUCAAGAUGAAGCUGCUGUCGGCCAUCGUUAUACUUUUUUUCAGUUUGACUUAUGCCAAACCAAGAACCGAACAUCUUUUAAGGCAGCCACAAUUCUACCCAGGCAAGGUACACCAUUAUGAUGUGAUGAUGAACAUGACAUCUGGAGUUCCCGGAAUGAGCUCUCAGGUUGCCAAGUCAGUCAUUAAAUUCGAAUUGAAAAUUUAUCCAAAGACUAGCAAAGACUUGAUCAUACAAAUGCAAAGAUUGAGAGUCGGUCAGUCACAUCCAGGAGUAGAAAGUCCCACUGAUGAUGUGAGUUGGUCAGAAAACAGUUCCUUGGAACAAGAGUUGAGAAUUCCGAGUUCUGCAGUAUACGAAAAUGGAAAGAUCACAAGGUACAGUGUUAUCCCAACAGAAAGCUUAGAAGCUCAAAAGAUUAGGAAGAGCAUCUUGAGAAGCUUAGAAAUUCACUUGGAUGAGAAAUACUUAGGAAGCAAACCAGAUGAGAUCAUGCCAAUCACUUACAAUGUCACCAAGAACUCACCUGGAGGUAGCUACGAAUCCCAUUACAUAAUAACCUCAAGUCCAUAUUACGAUUUUCCAUACGAAAAGAAUGUAUUCAACAUCUCACGUUUUGACAACUACGAAGGAAUUCCAUACAUCGCCUACAAGACACAUCACAAUUUCGAAAAGCCGGGUUGUCCAGAAGUCUGCAACACCGAAAACAAACAUGGCGCAGGAUGCCCACCCGGUCAUGAACCGCACCGCUCUCCAAUCAAACGAUCUUUUGUUCAACGUUAUAAUUUGCUAACAGUUGGUUCCACCUUGAUCAUUGAUUCAAUUCACACCAAAGAAACUCACCUAGCCCAAGUGUAUGACCAGAAUAUGGAGGUCACUAUUCAAACGGAAAUGAAAUUCAGAAAGGCCAUUAGAGACACAAUUCCGGACACAAUCUCUGGUCAGCAAAUCACUUCAGAUAUAAAUGACAUAAGCAGUGACAUAAACGAAGAAGAAAUCGAGCACAUUUGCCAGUAUCCAGACAUCAACGCUUCCGUCAACAAAGUCCAGAGCUUGCUGAACACGGUUGCAGAAAUUGUUCUAAAGAAUGAGGUACAGGAAGAAAAAUCGAAGAGAAUGGGAGAAAUGUUGGUGACCAUACAAAAGCUCAUGCAGAGGUUCCAGCAGGGUAAUUUCAGAACUGUACAGCGAUCUAUUGUGAGCUACAGUGAAAUGAAGCAAUCAAGUGAAAAGGAAAAGAUCAAAAGGCAAAUCUGGAUUGAUCUUCUACCAAUCAUUGGAACAUCUGAAUCAGUGUCAUUCAUCGUUUCUUACAUCAAGGAAGGUCUUAACUCAGGGAAACAAGAUGUAUCAUUCUGGGAAUCCAAAUCUAUUUUGGACUCACUACCUCAAAACAUUCAUAGACCCACUGAAAAGACCAUCAACGAGUUGAGCGGUUUGUUGGAGAUUUUAAAAGAAAAGGACACACCUGGACAUAUGCUCUUUGCAUCCGCCCAUAUGGCUGUAGCCAAAGUCAUCAGCAGUAUGUGUUCAGAAGCAUUUAGUGUUUCCGAUGAUCGAAGCGAAUCUUCUCUAUCCUGGAGAUGGUGGAUGCUUCCAAAGACAACAGACAAGGACAAUAAAUUCGCGUUCAACAUGAAGAGACAAUGCCCAGAAACGUUGGCCAGGAAAUUCGUCGACGAAGUAACUCAUGAUCUACUAAGCACAAACAGCAAAGCUAAGCGAAUCAUUUACAUCGAAACAUUAUCAAAAACCGGACUUGAAGUAGUUUUACCAACUCUGAAAAUGUUCAUUCAUGGUAAGCCUCACGAGGAUAUCUUCCAUGGUCUGAGCCGCAGCUAUAUCGACUACGUGAAGACAGCUACCAUUUAUUCUCUACACAACAUUGCCCACAAAUCUCCAAAAGCCGUUCAAGAUAUUCUCGUACCAGUUUUCUUCAACUCUACCGAGCCACCGAAACUCAGAGCUGCAGCGUUCAGCGUCAUUUUACACACAAAACCAACAUUGAGUUUGUUGGAACUCGUAGCGUUCCACAGCUGGGAAGAGCCAAGUGAAGAAGUUGGUAGCUACGUCACUUCCUCUUUGGAAACAUUCGGAAACAGUUCCAUACCUUGCCACCAAAUUACUGCACAGCGUAUUAAGAAAGUUAUUCCACAAGUAAAGCGCUUCAGUGUUGGUGUGCACAAAGCUAAGAAUGCUAUCUUCGAUUACUGGAAUGAUACCCGACGAAUCGGGCUAUUGCAUCAUAUUGAUUACAUGCCAAGCAACGAAUCUAUCAUUCCCAGUGCGAUGUACGGAUAUUUAGGAUACUACACAGACAGUAUAAAAGAUAAUUAUUUCGAGUACGCACUUCUGCCACAAGGAUUGUCAGCUCCUAAGAUUUUUGACAGAAUAAUGAAAAUAUUCAACUCACCAGCAGAAGACAUUCCAAAGAGUUCUGAAAGCAAGAUUUUCUCAGAUAUGAAUAUUGCAUCACGUAACUCUGAACCAUGGAGAGUGUUUGCAUACAACAAGCUAUUUUAUUCCUCAUCUUACUAUUACUUUGAUGAGGAAGAAACCAGCACUCACAGGAGUGACAUCAUGUCCUUGAUGAAAGAUGUAUUGGAUCACUACAUUCAGAAAGACUCUCAGGGAAGAUACUCCGGACACUUCACCAAACUCUUCAUCCCCGCCUCAUUCCAUGCAAAAACCAUUUCCCAAUCCGUCCCAUACCCUGUACAAUUCGAAAAGAAACACCCCAUCCUCUUCUCAUUGAAAGUCGAAUCAGAAAAGACCAGCUCAGAUAAAAUGGGCUACAAAGUACACGUCACACCAAGCGUCUACAGUUCAAUCAUCCACACUAACGAGAUCUUGAACGUGGGAGACUGCAAGAGGAUUGGAGUGUACCACGAACACAAGACAGUAGCGACUUACCCAGUCACCAUCAGCAUAGAAGUCCAAAGAAAUGGCAGGUUCAGUUUGGGAUAUCAGUUCCAAGAACUUCCCAAGAACAUCUUCUCACACAGUUCCGAAGCUGGAACUUACGCUGGAAAGAAUCAUCUGGAACCAUUGCCCUCCACUGAGGACAGAAGAACCAUCAAAACAAUUCCCUCACAGUUUGUGAACUCUUACUCAUGGAAGGUUUUAGGACAACCAACUUUCAACGGGGUGUAUAAAACGGAGGAUAUUGAACAUGGAAUGGAUUCCAUGCCCCGCACAUGGAAUGAAGUUAAUGAAUACGUUUCACGACACGUUUUGAAUGCUGGAUGGAGGCGGAGAUCAGUAGAAAUUGUUAGAGCAAGGGACAGCAAAACAUGGACACCAGGCACAGAGGUUGUAUUCAAUGUGCAAUACUCGAAAGCCUUCAGUUCACAAGGAAAAAGUGGUUCAGAGAAAUACUGGAGCAGGUAUUUGGAUUUCGAUGACCGACUAGACAAACACGACGCUACUUCCUACGCCACUGAAGGACAAAAAAUUUACCAAAAGUUGACCACAAGUUUGAGCCACUGCAAGCACAGCAUCAGGGUUGAAGCAGUACAGAAAACUGGAUCAUCGUCAGAAAAAGCAGCUGAGUUGAACAUGGAAUAUUUUCACACACCCGGAGGAUUCUUGCACUUCAUUCACUUCCAAACUUCAUGCUCGAAACCUUCUACUCCCAUCCAAGUUACUGGCGAUUAUGCAAUUGGUUUUACCCGUCGACCGAAUGAAUUCAAAUACAAUGAGGGAUAUGGACAACAGAAAGGAGUGGCGAUUGGUGGAAUUUCCUUCGGCAAGACCACACCCUUCGCAAAUCCAUUUGUCGUUGCUAAGGCUGUAUUCCAGUACAAACCUUUACAAGAAGUUCUCAGCUUGGAAGUAGAUUCCAAUAAAUAUGAACCGGACACUCACCAGGAAUGCAUGAAAGAUAAACAAAGCGGAAACUAUCAAUCUCCUGCUUGUGUGAAGGCCAUCAGAGAGAAGUCAAUCUAUAACAACUUAAGGAUGCAAGCGAUUUGGACACAGGAGCCUUCUAAUGGCAUUAGAGAAAUCGGUCAGAAAAUCGAUUCCGCUUUGAAAUACGUUUUCUUCACCCACAUGAAUGUUUCUAGAAAAUUCAACUCACCACGAUCUGAAGAAAUCUCAAAGUCAUUCCACCUCGAAGCAACCUACAUCGACAAGAUGACACACAAACCUGUUGUUGACAUCGUUAUGGAGAAACCCACUGAAACGGUCAAUUUCACAAAGAUUAGUGUAGGAAAAAUCAGACCAGUCUCUAGCAUCGAAAGCCUCGUCGAGUCUUACGCCGCUACUUUCACAAACAAUACGUAUCCUGCUACCUGUUCAUUGACUGGCAACUUUGUUAAAACAUACGAUAUGAAAACUUAUCGUAUGCCAAGAAGCACCCCAGCUUGUAGUUAUGUUCUAUCAACUCACUGCACAGAGAACAAGAAAUUCUCUGUUCUAGUCAAACACGAUCCUAACUCUCGUGGUACAGAGGAAAUUCAAAUUUAUCUUGGACGGGAUGAAAUUGUUCUGGUACCAGGAACCAGGAAUUCAUAUAAAAUUAAAUACAAUGGUCAAUACCUGACUGCACGAUAUUUGGCACCUGUAGUGCUCAAUGAAGAAUCUCGUCUCACUGCUGUGGUAUACGUAACUAGUGACGGAGGUAGUUUUAUCGAAAUCAAAGCCAAAGAAGCUGGUGUUAAAGUCCUCUACGAUGGCGUGCACGUUAAAGUACAGGUUGACCCAAGAUAUAAAGGAGAGCUGUGUGGUCUUUGCAGUGAGUUCAAUGGAGAAAUCACCAGGGAAUACAGAGGAGUGGAGCGAUGCCUCUACAUGAAUGAAGAGGACUUUGCUAAAUCCUCCAUCGUUGGUCAGUGUGGCGAUAAAAGACCACAAUUCAAAGUCCUCUGCAGCAGUGAUGACGUUACACUAUGGGGACGGAGACGUGGUGAAUCGGAUGAAGAUGAGGAAGAAGAGGAACCAGUAACAAAACAGAACAUUGUGACCACACGAGGUAACGAACUCUGCUUUUCCACCAAGCCUGUCCCAGUGUGUGAAAACAGUGCUCAACCCUCCAUGACUGAAUCACGCCAAGUUGACUUCCAUUGCCUGCCAAAACAAGAUAUUCACGCCAGGAAGUUGGUUACUGAAGCCAAGAGAAGGAUUCUGGAAGAACUCGAAACAAAAGCAGUAGAUUUCUCAGAAAGCAUUGAAGUUGCCAAGAUGUGUUAAGAUUUUAAGCAGCUCAUGAACUUUCACUAAUUAGGAUGUUUAUUUUUAGGAUUAGAACCUUUUACAAUUUUUUACAAAACUUUGUACAAAUUAUGUUGCAAUAAAUCUUAUACAAAUAAA